CUUGUCUCCAUCUUGUGCCUCUCGCCUCAGCAGAACCCGCUCUCAGCCAUGGCUUCCGUCGCGCAGUCCGCCGCCUCCGAGCCCGCCAAGCAGGACGUUCCCGCCGGGGAGGAGGGGGCAGGGAACAACGUGGAGGAUUCGGUUGCCGGUGACGAGGAGGAAGAGGACAUGGAGGACGAAGGCGCGGACGAUGGAGACCAAGGGGACGAGGAGGUGCUGGUGGUGAAUGUGGGCAGCACUUACCCAUGCAAGCGGGCUGAUGGAUCCCAGCAUGAUGCCGAGAUAGUGAAGACCCGGUACAACAAGCAAGCUGGAAGGGAGGAGUAUUAUGUGCAUUACGUGGGGUUGAACCGCCGCCAAAACGAAUGGGUGGACAAAUCUCGCCUGGUAUUGACCAAACCGCCAAAGGAGGGUGAAACCAACGGCACAGACCAAGAGGAGACCAAUAGCACAGAGCAGCCGGACUCUAAGACUCCCCAGAAGAGGAAACUCGAGGAACCCGAGCCCGAACCGAAGAAAGCGAAGGUGGAAGAAAAAGACGCCUCUAAAAACGCGUCCACUCUGGGAGCUGCCGGGGACUUUGCGGAAGAGCUGACGUGCCCGCUGUGCGUGGAGCUGUUCAAGGAUCCGGUGAUGGUGGCCUGCGGUCACAACUUCUGCCGCAGCUGCAUCGACAAGGCGUGGGAAGGGCAGAGUUCCUUUGCUUGCCCCGAAUGCAAGGAAUCCAUCACCGACCGCAAGUACACCAUUAACCGGGUUCUGGCCAACCUGGUGAAGAAGGCCGUGUGUGCGACGCCGGUAACGCCCGUGGAGAAGAAGACGCAGCCCCUAGAGAAAUGCUCUGAGCACGACGAACGCCUUAAGCUGUACUGUAAGGACGACGGCACAUUGGGCUGUGUCAUCUGCCGCGAUUCGCUCAAACACGCCAGCCAUAACUUCCUGCCCAUCCUGGACGCUGUCGGUGUGUACAGGGAAGAGCUUUCUGCCAUCGUUGCGCCUCUAGAAGCCUCCCUUAAAGUGACGGAGCAGCUGUCUAGCGAGCAGAGUGAGAAGAUUGAUCAACACAAUAAAAACAUGUCCCAGUACAAGGAGCACAUCACGAGUGAGUUUGAGAAGCUCCACGCGUUCCUGAGGGAGCGAGAGGAGAAACUGCUGGAGCAGUUGAAGGAGCAGGGGGAGAGCCUGCUGAAGGAAAUGGAAAAUAACCUGGUGAAAAUGCAAGAGAACCAGGACGCCAUCAAGAAAACCAUUACCCUGGCAAAUGAGAGGAUGGAGGACACCGAUUCCAUUUCAUUCCUAAUGGACAUCAAAACCUUCAUUGACAAGUGCCAAGAACAACAGAGAGCCGUGGUGUCAACUGGGAAUACCCUGCUUUCCAAGGAGCUGUGCCAGGGGACAUUUAAGGGUCCCAUCCAGUACAUCAUGUGGAAGGAGCUGAAGUCUCUGGUUGUCCCCAGCCUGACUCCAAUGUUGCUGGACCCAAAUUCUGCCCAUCCCAACUUACAUCUGUCCGAGGGGCUGACGAGCGUCCGAUACGGGGAGAACAAGCUCUCCCUGCCGGACAACGCCAAACGCUUCAGCCAGUGUAUCCUGGUGCUGGGCUCCCAGGGCUUCGAGUCGGGGCGCCAUUACUGGGAAGUGGAAGUGGGGGACAAGACGGCCUGGGACGUGGGGAUGGCCAGCGAAUCGAGCAACCGCAAGGGCAAGAUCAAGCUGAACCCAAAGAACGGUUACUGGGCAAUCUGGCUGAGGAACGGCAACGCCUACAAAGCGCUGGAGUCGCCAUCCAAGGCUCUGACCUUGGCCUCCCACCCCCGUAAGAUUGGCGUCUACGUGGAUUACGAGGGAGGGCAGAUCUCCUUCUAUAAUGCCGACGACAUGACCUCCAUCUACACGUUCAGCGCUACAUUCACGGAGAAACUCUACCCGUACCUCUCUCCCUUCCUGCACGACGGGGGCAAGAAUGUCGAUGCCCUGCGCUUCGUUCACAAUUAGACCCGCCCUGCCCCUCCCCCGCUUAGAAACAUUCCUCCUCCUCUCGCGCCCUGACGCGGGCCUGCCGCCCAUUUAGUGUUGCUGAAGGCCAAGCCUUCCCCACUUAAGUUUUUCUUUCACAUUUCUAUCAAAUUCAACGUUUAAAGAACCACAAUUUCUUUUUAACCACUUAACCUCCAGUGUUGUGUUGAACCCCUGUGAGUUCCGACAAGGGGUCACGUGUAACCUGGCAGAACCGCCGCCAGUUUUAGUUGCAAUGUCAUUCGUUCACCGGUUCUGCAUUUUAAUGUGAAUCUUUGUGUUGUAUAUUUUGUCAUUACUCUGAAUGUAGUUGCAUUUGCUUAUUACUUCUGGAAAUAAAGAGGCUGAAAAGUAA